AUGGCGCAACAACAACGCCCCCCCAACCCAAAAGCCCUGCUGCGCUGCGCUGCGCUGCGCUGCGCUGCGCUGCAUCCAGGCAAGUUUGUCGCGCCUGGGACAGAGUGUUUCGGGGGUCCAACCCGGCUACAAGCCUGCCUUUUUGCGCAGCUUGGCAGACUCUCCCACCCCCCUUCCAGAGAAUUACCCGCGCUGAUCGGAUCUGCCAAGGCCAGCAGCCUAGCAGGUACGAAGCCCAAGGUCGACACCGACUUCCCGCGUCUGCGUGCCUUACGGUUCACAGUGCAUAGUGCGACACGUGCACGGUGCACAUGUGGUCUUGCUGCCCACCACCCACCCCUCCCCGAACCGACUCCCCACCCACCCUUUCCCCACUAUACUCAGCAAUUGGCGCUCGCAUCAUGCCAAACCCAGCCUAGUGACCAGGCCGGCUCGGCCAAUCACCCAGCGGUGGUGGAGUGGGCCGUCGCUCAACCCCCCUUCGGUCCUGGAUUGCUCACUCACCCUCCCAUUUGCUGCUUUAAGCAACGAUUUGCAAACGAUUAUCCAUGCGGCCCACCUUUCCGGCUCUCAGCCAACAAGAAUGCCGCUGCUUAG